CGUGAAACGGGUCAAACCGCAGCCAACCGAUUGGGGGUGUCAAAUUUUUCCCCGGUGCGAAGAAAGAUAAAAUUGUGUAAAAAUUGGCAAAAAUCUUGAGAAAAAGCGGACUAAAGAGUGUAAAUUACAGAAAAGACUAGUGCUAGUGCUAAUUGGUAAGCGAAGUUGUGUCGGAACAGUUGUGCAAGUUGGUGAAAAACAGGCGUGAAAAAUUGACGUGUGAUUUGUAUUGUUUUUUUACUAAAAAAAUAUUCGUCGAUUUUGUAUUAAUUAUGUCACUGGAUCUAGUAAUGUUUCCAAAAGAUGGUUUUGGUAAUACCUGAAACCGAUGAAGAGGAGGAAAAACUUCCGAUACAUGCAAAGAGAAUCAAGUCAAAGGCACAACUUGGCGACAUAUCGGGAUUCAUCGCUAAUGUGCGAGAGCGUCUGCUGAAGGACAGUAAUAGUAAAUCGCUGUUGAGGAUAAAAGUCCAUCAUUGUCACCGGAAUUGUGUUCACAAUAAGAGAAACUCCUCUAUAUGCACCUGUGAUUUGCAUUUGAGCGCACCUGAGGAGUUGACAGAGAACAACGAGGAUUCUCAGGAUAUUUUCUGUACUGAGAAAUGCAUUUCGUGGCGCCCAAAGCAUAAAUCCUCCUGUUGCAUCUACAAAGAAUACUAUGAAGAUGACACAUGUCUGUGUAGUCAGAAACUCCAAGUGAAUCCUUUUCACCAGUCAAUACGGAACAUUAGCAAUUCCUCGAUCAUUGAUCGUCCUCAGAAGUUGGCUGAAAAGAGUGUUUGUGAAGUUGUGAAAGAGAAUUUGACUGUUGUCAUCGACACAUUGGGUGAAAGUGAGAAGGAUCGACGCGUGAGGAGAAGUAUUUCGUCGGGAUUGUGUGAGAACGUGUACAAGAGGAAGUUGAUUGAAGUGGACUUUGAGUUUCACCACCAGCUUGAUUGGGUGGAGAAACGACCAAGGACCACACGCAGAAGACCGACGAUAUUGAGGGACGGUGUUCGGUUGCGGAAGCGACGACAUUGCGAGAAUCAGGAGAUCAAGAGUCGCGCGGUGUGUGAUGAGAAUUUCAACAGUAUCGAAGUGAUUGAGGUAGUGCCGAAGAAGCGCAAUCGCACACAGCGUAAGGUUCUGCAGACAUUUGAUAACUUCUACGAUCAGGAAAUGUCGAUAUCCGACUAUAAGCGGCAAAUCCGCACGGAUGCCAUUGCUGAGGUGGCCGGUGGCUAUGUGAAGACAUCCACCAGUGACGAUAUGAGCAGCACAAAUGCACCAAAUCACUUCCUCCACACAAAUAGCUCAUCGAUGGCGACGCUAAGCAAUAUUGGCAACAGCUGCUAUCUGAAUUCCGUCAUCUACACGCUGAGAUUUGCUCCACUCUUCCUUCACAAUCUUCACCAUUUGGUUAGUGAUUUGAAUCAGCUGAAUCAGCGACUCGGCUUCCGGUACAAGAGCUCCUCGCUGGGGCGCAAUGUUGGCGGUCUGCAGGGAUCCAGCGGACGGAGUUUGAGUAGCAAAGACUUGGCGUCGCUCAGCAUCAAUUCCAAUUCAUCUGAAGUGUCCAAAUCCAAUAGACAGAUUGUUACAGAGAAACUCCAUGAAUUAUUUCAUAAUCUCCAUCGCAAUGAAUUAAUCGACGCUGACCCCUUUCAUCCAGUGCACUUUCUCAAUGCAAUUCAAGAUGUGAGUUCAACAUUUGAGGGGAAUCAGCAGCAAGAUGCGCACGAGCUUCUAAUGUGUAUUCUAGACAGUAUUCGAGAAACUUGUCAGUCAUUAACGAAAAUAAUAUCGGAUUGUCCGGACAUUGUACUGAAUGGUUGUGGAAGUGUUCCGGAGCAAAUUGAAACGACGCCACCACAAUCGACAACGAUCAAUUCAACGCAGACAUUUAAGGCGCUUCUCAAUAAUUUAACGAGAAAAUCAAAACGAAAAGAUGAUAAGUCGAAAUUGAUUAAACCACCUGAAUCACCGUCCAGGGACAAUUUGAUAAAUGACGCCCUGGAUUCGACGAAUGCGAAGAACAAAGGCAAAGUGUCGGAUGAGGAGAGUCAGGAACAGAGAGAGAAGUUGGAUGAGAAAAUCAAGAUGAUGGGAUUGGAUUUCUUCUGUGAGGAUUUCGAAGGUAUCACCGUGUCCACGACAAAGUGUUUAACGUGUGAAACGGAGACGGAGCAAAAGGAGACAAUGAUUGACAUUUCGGUGCCAAUAUCAGGGCAGGAGACCAUGGAGACAAUGGAGAAUCCUCAGCUCUUCUUUCAAAACUCAUGCAUCACCAAAGAGUACUUUCGAGGUGAGAACAAGUAUCGAUGUGAGAAGUGUUUUGGCUAUACAGAGGCAAUACGAUCGAUAUCCUUCGAGGUGUUGCCACGAUUGCUGGUCAUUCAGUUGAAACGCUUCUCUGGCGGAAUGGAGAAAAUCAACAGCUACAUUCCCACACCAUUCACGCUGCAGUGCUUCUGCCGGAAGUGCUAUGCACUGGCGGAGAGCAAGAAGAUUCACGUGUACAAGCUGUACAGUGUGAUAACUCAUGUUGGUGCUACACUCUCUGCGGGUCACUACAUCACCUACACGUGCUCACUGGACACCUACAGUGAGUAUGUGAAUUGUGACAAGGAGAAGAGGCGACUCAUGCAGAGUCAACAGGAGCAGCAUCAGCAGGCUGCUGCGGCGGCGGGUGUGGAGAAGAGCAAUGGUGGACUGAGUAGUUUGGAGAAGAUGGUGAUGAAGAAGAAGAAUUCGUGGCUGAGGAAGACGGAUAACAGGAGCAAAGCGUCCAGUAGUACUGAUUUGGCUAAGAACCUCAAGGCAAUGAAUGGGAAUAGUGUUGUGGCGACGGCAAAUUCCAUCACGCCCAAUGGGGCGGCCGAAGGGGGCGCCACCACAUGUCCGGGCCUCAAUUGCUGUGGCAUUCAUGCGAAGGGAAAUGUGCUGGUGAACAGCAAUGGCAACAACAACUACAACAAUGGAUCGCUGGAGUUCAGCAACAGCACGGCGCUGAGUGAUCAACAGGCGAGCAGUGCAUCGGCUCUUGAGGCUGUGCCGGAGGUGAAUGUGAAUGGGGCGGUGAGACCGACGAGUUUGGGGCCUCCGGGUGGUUUGGGCAGUAGUGCGAGUGGCUUCCAGGAACCCAUUUGGUUCAUGUGUGAUGAUGACAAGAUAAAAUCGAUGCCUCAGCAGGAAUUCAAGGAACUCUUAUCGCCCAAUCGAAAAGUCAUGAUAACACCGUAUCUUCUCUUCUAUGCACGAAAUGAUAUUAAGUAAGAUGAGCCGCAAGUGGCCAAAAAGCAUGUCGAUAAACUUACGAGAAAGGAAAAAAAGGGGACAUUUAGCCUAUAGAAGGGUGUCUACUUUUGUAAAUAGGUUCUCAUUGUGAUCUUGAAAUUGAGCAAAAUUAUAAAACAAAAUAAAUAAAAAUGGGAAGGUAAGAAAUUGAUGAUGAUGAUGAU